GUAGAGGGCGAUCUGGCAGAGGCGAUGAAGAGAAUUGAGGAGGAGAAUCGUCGGGUAAGGAAUAUUAAGUUGAGCCAAAGUCGCAUGGUGGAAUUUAACGUAGGAGGACAGUUGUUUCAAACGAGCCGGAGCACGGUCGAGAGUCAAAGAGGAUCACUCCUAUGUGAUCUUAUUAGUGGAAGACAUGAAGGCAUCAGCAUGCCUAUCUUUAUUGACCGUGAUCCUGCGUUAUUCAGCUUAAUAUUAAAUUUCCUUCGAAACCCAUAUUGGUUACCGAUUGCUAGAGAUAUUACGGAAUCGGAAAGACUGGCACUGGAGGCACAGUAUUUUAGAUUGGAAUUUUUGCCCUUCCCGCUGGCAGUUGUAUUAGGAGGUCACGAUGGCGUCACCUUCUUGAAUGAUGCCGAGCUUAUACAGCUAAACCAUUUUAGGAAGCUCCGCGAGCCCCCAUCUUCCCCAGAGGAUCCGAAGUCAAGCGCCUUGAUGCAGGUAGCAAGGACUACGGGAGGGAAGAAUACAGCUAUAAUAAAGAAGAACAUAUUAAAGAUGAAUCCAGCUAUAGUGGCUGCAACAAAGUACGCUGCAACAAAGUAG